CAAAGACUGUUAUAUACUUUAAGGAAACAGGAGAUUAACAAACUCGCUUAGCUGAAGAGAGAAUUAAAGAAAUAUUACGUCAAUGUCAUAGUAAGAAGAGCACGAACAAUUAGAAAAAAAAAAAAUAGUUCCUAAAGAAGACACUAAAACAACUCGAUCCUUUCAACAAAAGACUUUACUGAAGAUAAAAAAUGCAAUCAAAGCUGCCGUCAUCAAAUCACCUUGUGCUCCGGACAAUCGCCUCGGCUACACUAUUUUUACGCUAAUCUUGGACGGCUGCCACGAAGCUUGCCCUCGUGCCCGUACAUUAGAAUUAACUUCAGCCGGGAAACGGUUGUUUUACCGCCAAAUAUCUUUUAUAAACCGAAUACUAAACAACACGUUAGUUUUAAUACAAAUCCAAUGGAGUACAAAUAUCUGAAUGAGAUAUGUUCAGAGCGUGCGACACAAAUAAAUUUCACAGCGCGAAGCUGAAAAACGUAUCAGUCGAAUCUAUGAUGGCGCCGUGAGCGUCUCGCUUCGGCCAUGGUACGACUCAGAUGGACGUUUACUCUAAUUAUAAUACCUGUUAUUCUCUUCGCGACAGUGAUAACCGCAUUCCGUAUCCGUGAUCUCCAAAAAAGUUCCCACGAAAGUGUUUCGGAGUUCAAAAAGAAACCAAAAUGUGAAGAAUGUGAUGUGAAUAAACUUGACCUUGAUCAUAAAUUACAUAUUUACAAAACUGAAAGUGUUAAACGUUCUAAUGAAGAUUUUAACAAACAUAUUACUGAAAAGAAAAAAAAUAUCGAAGAAAAGACAAUUGAUAAAAUAAAACCAGUGCUUGAAGAAAUAGAGGAAGAUAGUGAGGAAGAUGAGGACGACGAGAACUUAAUUUAUCUACGUAAUUUGGCUUCUAAAUGGGAAGAGAAACAGAAAUCUUCCAACGUCAUAAGUGGAAAAGAAUCUGGUAAAAUAAUUAGCAAGAAGAAAGAAAUCGUUGUAAAAGAUGAUUUAAAUAAAAAUACUAUUAAGGUAGAUAGAAAAAAAGAUAGCGAACACGAAUACGAUGAUGAUGACGAUGAUUACGAUAAUGAUGAUGUUGAUGAUGACUAUGAAGGGGUAAGUGAUAAGGGUCCUUUACGAAAGAAGACAACUGUUGGGGUUAGUAAAGAAAGAAUCAAUGACAUAAAAGAUAUUGAUAAUGUUGACGACAAAGAUGACGAUGAUGAUGAUGAUGAUGACGACGAUGAAAGUGAUAGUGACAACAGCGACUUUAUGAAUACUAAAGAAAAGCUCAAAGAUAAGUUUACUAAAGUUAGUUUAGGUUCUCGAGAAGAUAAGACACCUUUAAAGCAUUUAAAAGUAGGAAAGUCAAUUGGAAAAGAUACAGCAUUGCCAAAAGAAAAGAAUCCAGAUAUAUUUAAGACAUCUGAAAUUAAAAAAGAAGUCCACAGUAAUAUUGCAGAAGAGAAGACCAAGGUAAGGGCUAUUAAAGAAAACAACGAAGAAGAAUCAAAAGAAGUAGAAAAUGUGCUUAAAGACGUAAAAAUUAAGAAACCAAAGUCAGAAAAAGUUGUUGACAAACAUAGUGUAAAUAAAAUACAGCCACAAGAACUUCCUCAAAGCGACAAAAGUGAGAUUCAUAAGGUUAUUAAAGAAGUUAAGAAAGACACGAAACCAAAGAUUGAUGUCAAGAACAAACAAAUUAAAGACCCAAUAAAAAUUGAAACUUCAUCAAAAGAAAUACACUUUGAUGAUUACAAAAAUGAGAGUCGAGAAGACAGUCGAUUAAAGCAUAUUACAGAUGCUUUAUUUAGAAGAAACCUUCUGAAAAGUGAAUUCGAAGAUUUUUAUGCAUUUCUACCGACUUUUGCGCCAAAUUUUACACGCGUUCAAAAUCCUGAGUGCAGGCGUCAUGGACAAAUACUUCUUAGACAAUUACGCGGUGCAAAGCUAUGGGCAUUAAGUAUGCUCGACGCCACGGCCAAGAUUCCCUCGGGAAUACUCCACGGCAAUGGCAUUCAACUGGGCAGCUUCGACCAGUGCUUGGGGAGCCGUGCACGUGUUCAACUGGACACUGGGAGCAUCGUAAAGGUCUACGGAAAGUACUGCUUAGCUCGCGUUGAUCUGAAGUCUGAACAUAAGGAAAUGGAAAUUCCCGUACAUUUGGCGCAAGCUAAGAACUUGAUCAAGAGUCGAAUUGAUGAUCCAGGUCACUUUGUUCCGCGCUUCUCCACGUUGAGUUGGGGCGUGUGUGUACCCGCGCCCUGCAGCCCAGAAGACGUCGAGAAUAUAGUGAGAGAUGCGAUCAAGCAUUACCAGUAUACUAGUGGAGUAUCCUUUAAAGUUAGAGUCGAUGAACAAGAUUGCCAUGUACAGAAGAAACAAGCAUGGUGGGAAGAAUGGCUUGGAAUUCCAACUCUUGUCACUUUAGCUUUGUACGGUGUGGUCGUUUUACUGGUGGUAGUUGCUACGGCGCAAGAUUUCGUUGCAAGGCGAAAUAAUGAGGAAAUCAAUGACGAAGCGAAAGAUGAAAGCGACCAAACAGAAUCAAAAGAUCAGACUGGCCAGCGGCCUGAAGGUGAGAGCGCAAUCAGCGUGUUUUCGUUGUACCGCACCGUACGCAAGCUGGUGGCUCCUGCGACAUCAGACGAGAUCUCCUGCAUCCACGGCGUGCGGGCCAUUGCCACCAUCGCCCUGCUCAUUGCUCAUAAGUUUCUACCCGUUGCUUCUACACCUUACACCAACAGGCUAAUGAUAACUGAGGUGGUAAGCUCUCCGCUAUGGUCGUGGUGCCGCGCUGGCUGGAUGUACACUGACUGUUUCCUGUUGCUGAGCGGGACUCUCACAGCGCAUCGCAUAGCAAAUGACAACGAAUCUGGAGCGUUUAAGAGGAUACUUUUCAGAUACUUGAGACUGACACCUGCAUUGUUAGCUGUGAUACUGUUUUACGCGUAUAUUUGGGACAACAUCUCUAUGGGUCCUAUGUGGGGCUCACUCGUCACUAAGAAUGCAGAAGUCUGUCAGCAAGGAUGGUGGUGGAAUGUUUUUUAUCUGCAGAAUUACUUCGGAUUCGAGAAUAUGUGCGCACCACAAACGCAUCAACUGGCUCUAGACAUGCAGCUGUCAAUCCUGGGCGGUGUAGUGGUAUGGGCGACCACGAAGGAGCACCGCCUCACACUAUUGGCUUAUCACGGUGUCAGUGUAAGCCAACUGUACCGGACGGCGCGGCUGAGCUACACGUCUGUGAUCCACCGCGCUACUCCCUACUUGCUCGGGCUAAGCCUCGGGCCAGCUCUCAAGAACAAUACACGUCAUAGCAAAAUAUUACUGAUAUUUGGGUGGUUAAUCAGUGGUGCGCUGUGGGGAUCCGUGUGGUGGGCGGGCUUCGAUUCUGGCUCGACCCAGUACAGAUACAAUGCAACAUUCGCGGCGCAGUACGCAGCGUUGGCACCCAUUGCCUCCGCUUUGGCAAUCGCCUGGCUGAUAUACGCGGUCCACGGUGGUCAUUGUGAUUUCCUGCAGAACAUACUAUGCAGUCGUCCAUUAACCCUUAUCAGUCGUCUUUCGUAUGCCCUCUAUCUCUGUCAGUUCGUUGUGUUUCUGACUAAUGCGGCUACAGUUAGGACCGCUAGCGAAUUUACCUUAAUGUCUCUGAUCGAUGUCCAAGAAAUAUCUUUAAUAUUUCUAUCAUCAAUUUUGUUGACGUUAACAUUUGUAAUUCCAAUGCAGUCAUUACCAAAGAUUCUUUUCUUAGUGUCAAAAACAAACGAAAUUAAAAAUGAAAAUCCAGGUUCUGAAGAAUCCCAAAAAGCCCAAUCACAAACAGGAAGUCCAAAAAAGAAUGAAAAGGUAACAGAACCGCCUUUAAUUAGAAAUAGGCAAACUCUUAUUGCUCAUCGAGAAGUGUUAGAAGAAAUUCCAGAAGUUGAAAUGGAAUAUGAACAUCAGAGAUUAACAAAUGAAGGAUUAGAUGAAAUUUUAGAAGAGGAAGAAAACGAGGAAGGUAUGGAUGAGGAACAUGAACGGAACGAAGAAGAAUUAGAAGUGAUAGAAGAGGAACAGGGUGAGGAUGAAGACUUUUGGGCAAAUAGAGACGAGAAUGCUCAAAGGAGAUCUUUUUCUAGAAAUAGCGACGACAGAGAUCUCGACGAUUGGGAAGUGACCGGCAACGGCAAUGGACACAGCGGUGCUCAACAUUAUCGAUACUCAAGAGAACGAUGAAUAUUUAUAAUUAAAUUUUAUGCGAACUGAA